AUGUCCCACAUGGGCCCGAGGGCCUUCAACCACGACAACAGCAGCGACGCCGAAGCCGAGUACGAUCGGCUCCGCGAUCUAGCGCGCCAGGAAGCCUCCAAGCGUGGACAAUGUUUCUCUCGGUCCAAGGAAGCAUACUCGAGCGGUGAUGGCGCGGGCGCGAAGCAGCUCUCCGAGGAGGGCAAGGCGCAUGGUCGCAAGAUGGAACAAUACAACAAGCAGGCGUCCGAGUUCAUUUUCCGCGAGAAUAACUCGAACGGACGUGUUGCCGAGGAUACGAUUGAUCUGCACGGUCAGUUCGUCGAGGAGGCUGAGGAGAUUCUAGAGGAGCGGAUCAAAUAUGCCAAGUCGCAUGGACAAAAUCAUCUCCAUGUCAUCGUCGGCAAGGGUAACCACUCCGCCAACCACGUGCAAAAGAUCAAGCCGCGUGUCGAGCAGGUCUGUCAGGAACUCGGUUUGCAAUAUGCCACCGAGGAAAACGCUGGUCGGAUGUAUAUCAACCUGACCGGUGGAGAAGCUGUUAUGCCGCCCUACGGUGGUCACCAGCAGGGACACCAGGGCUCGCACCAAUACCCUGGUCAACAGGGUCACCAGAACCAGCAGCACCACCAGAACCAGAGCCACCACCAGAACCAGAAUCAAAAUCAGAACCAGAACCAGAACCAGAACCAGCCUGAUGAGCUGGAGAAGUUGGCCAAUGCUAUUGUGCCAAAGGUUCUGCGCAAGCUGGAAAAGGCUUGCUGUGUUGUUAUGUGA